AUGGACAAGCUAAUCGUUAAGAGAAACGUCAUCGAAGGACGGCUGCGUAGGACCGAAGAACGUAUCGAAGCUGGCGGCGGCAUCAACAGCAUUGAUGGCCUUAAUGCUGAACUGGGGUGCAUCCAGGAGCUAUGGCAAGACUUUCGAGCCAUCCAACAGGAGAUUCUCGAGUCCUGCAUGGAUGUUCCCAGUUUGGAGGAGCAUCUAGAUGCCGAAGCAGAUUUGGUGGCGCGGUUCAACGCAGCGAAGGCCGUUCUAAACGGCAGAGUCCGCGCUCUACUGCGGACGGAGGAGAAGAGGGAACCGGAACCAAGCGAUGGUGAACCCGAACUUCCGACCAAUGCUGACGAGAGCUUUUCGUCAUCAUUAGGGAAUCGGGCACCGAUCGCACCGGAACCUGCAAUACUAAACGCGACGAACGUACCGGGCACGGAGCAGGAGGCACCCAUACGUCGGUCGCCAACAAGUGUGCGGCUAGCUACCCCGGAGCUGCAUCUGCCGAAGGGUAUUUUGCCGACGUUUUCGGGCGAAUACGGAGAGUGGUCAUCAUUCUAUGACCUGUUCAUCAGUGCAGUGCAUAACAACCACAACCUUACCCGAGCUCAAAAAUUAUUUUAUCUAAAAACGUACACCUCGGGUAAGGCCGCAAAUAUAAUCAAGCAUGUCAGGGUAGAGGAUAGUGCCUACGAGGGCGCUCUAGAAGCCCUGAAGCGGCGAUUUGAUCGAAAGGAUCUCAUCGUCGCCCAUCAAAUACAGAGAUUUAUAGAAAUUCCGUCAUUUACAGUACCAUCCGGGCAUUCCCUUCGGAGGCUGUUCGACACGGCGGAUGAUAUCAUUCGAGCCUUGACCGCGCUUAGCAGGGAGGAAAGGGACUGCUGGUUGAUUCAUCUGCUACUGAUGAAGGUGGAUGUAGAUACCCGGCAAACAUGGAUCGACCGCACCGCAUCAUUCGAAUACCCCGCUACGAUGGAGGAGUUUCUGGUGUUUAUCGACCAACGGGCCUACGCAUUAGAAACAGCUCACAAUUCAUCAUUUCGCACUACUACUGGUGCGACUCCACGACCUACGGUGGGCGGAAAAUUGGUGGGAAGACAACGGAUGCAAAGUUACGUCGCUACUGAUUCAGGUACGAAUUCAAAAUGCCCAGUGUGUCAACAAAGGUCACACUAUUUGUUGUUUUGUCCACGCUUCAAGGCUCUUUCUCCAACAGAGAGACUCCAAACCAUUCGGCAACUGGGAUCGUGUACCAAUUGCCUGCGCACAGGCCAUGGAACGGAGCCAUGCGGCGCGGGAAAAUGUAAGCGGUGCAACCAGAGUCAUCACACGCUUCUGCACGACAGCCUGGUGCCAACUCAGGUGCACCUGUCUUUCGGAACGGUGAACCAUGUCGCGGUGGACCACUUCUCAUCCGUAAUUCUCGCCACAGCCGUCAUUUGGGUCAAGAGCGCCACCGGAGAACGCGUCCCAGCUCGAGCCCUUCUGGAUUCCGGUUCACAGGCAUCUUUUGUUACGGCCAGCCUCGUGGAACGACUGCAAUCGCGAACCUGUCGCAUCGACAUUCCUCUGAAAGGAAUCUCCGGAAUGGCAACCAAGCUGCGCAAGGCCGCUUCGCUCACUAUCGGGUCCCGACACUCCAGCUUCGAGGCAACCAUCGAGUGUGCUAUUUUGGAAACAAUUUCUGGCCGCUUACCGAAUCAAGUAUGCGAUGUAAGCGGUUGGGGAUUGGAACCAGGGCUGCCACUUGCGGACGAAAAUUUCCAUACUCCAGCGAACAUCGACCUGCUUAUCGGGGCCGGAGUCUUUUACAAGCUUCUGGAAAGCAACCGAAUUCCACUUGGGCCGUUCAAGCCGGUCCUCCAACAAACCGUAUUGGGUUGGGUGGUGGCCGGUGAGUGUUACACCGGAAGGCCGGAAAACCCAACCGCACUCAGUCUGAUUACUACGUUACCAUCCGAUGAAACACCGCUUUCGUUAAAUCAGAUGGUCGCACGGUUCUGGGAGCUAGAGACCUUAGUUCCACAGCCAAUCCUCUCCGAUGAAGAACAGCGGUGCGAAGACCACUAUCGACUACAUACUACCAGAGAUCACACUGGUAGAUAUGUAGUCAAACUUCCCUUUAAACGAGACCCGGUAGAGAUGGUCGAAACGGGAUACGAGGCGCUGCAGCAAUUCAACGCACUUUGCAGGCAACUACAAAGGGAUCCAGAGAAGAGGAAACUUUACGAAGAUUAUAUCAACGGGUUUAUCACCGCGGGCCACAUUAGUCGUGCGGCUCCACUAACGAAGGCUCAACGGCUAAUAUAUCUGCCACACCAUGGGGUCCAGAAGGAGAGUACCACCACUAAGCUCCGGGUGGUGUUCAAUGCAGCGAUGAAAGCCAAGAAUGGUGUUGCGCUGAAUGACCUGCUUAUGACGGGGCCGGUAAUACAAAAAUCACUGUACCACAUACUGCUCAACUUCAGACGGCAUCCAGUGGCUCUAACGGGGGACAUCGAAAAGAUGUACCUCCAGGUCCGUGUUUCAUCAGAGGACAGUGAGCGAUUAAGAAUGAUCUGGCAAGAGCCGGGUCGCAAGGUGGCGGAAUACUGUAUGAAUACAGUAACAUUCGGUUUGACGUGCGCACCAUUCUUGGCGACCAGGACGCUAAAACAGCUCAUCAUCGAUGAAGGCCCAGAUUUUCCCGUGGCUCAAGAGUGUAUAGACGAUUUCUACAUGGACGACUGCCUGACCGGGGCGGCUUCCAUUACAGCGGCUAGGCAGAAAAGAGAGCAGCUGACGGCAAUGCUGGCAAGAGGCGGUUUUCCGAUCCGGAAGUGGGCCUCCAACGAACCGGCAGUUCUUGAAGGAGUACCUCGAGAGGACUGCGCCACGGAGAUGGCGUUAGACUUUGAACCCGACGCUACUGUUAAAACACUCGGAAUCAGAUGGCAGUGUCGCGGAGACAUAUUUAUCUUCGAAGCUAAUUUCGACGCUUACCAGGAGAGCUACACUAAGAGGCAGGUUCUAUCCACGAUCGCCAAGAUAUUUGAUCCACUCGGCUUGAUCGGACCAGUCAUAACCAUAGCGAAAGCAUUCAUGCAGGAGAUUUGGAAGAUCAGCUGUGAUUGGUCCGAUCCACUGCCGCCUAGCUUUAAUCAACGAUGGCGGAUGUUCCUGACUCAUUUGGGAGAAGUUUGGCGAGUGAGAGUCCCUCGGCGCAUAUUAAGCAUCGAUCAACCUACCCGCCUAUUUCUGCAUGGAUACUGCGACGCUUCGGAGCUAGCAUACGGAGCGGUGGUCUAUCUGCGAGCGAUCGACAACAGAGGCAACACCAGUUCCAGGCUGUUGUGCUCGAAAUCGAAAGUAUGUCCAAUCAACCGACCCACCAUUCCGAGAAGUGAGCUGUGUGCGGCUGCUCUGCUGGCCGAGCUAAUUAGGACGGUCAAAGAUAAUCUUCGCAUGGAGAUUCAUAAAACAGUAGCUUUCAGCGAUUCAAUGACCGCGUUAGCCUGGAUUUCGGGGGACCCUUCAAGGUGGAAAACCUUCGUCGCGAAUCGGGUGGUGCAGAUCAACGAGGUCCUACCGGCGAUUAACUGGCGUCACGUUCCUACUAAACAAAACCCGGCGGAUCUCUUGAGUCGUGGAGCAGCCCCUGUGACGUUGGCAAGCAACAAGUUGUGGUGGUGUGGUCCAUCCUGGGACCCGGAGGAAACCAGUGAGGUACCAAGUGUACACCUUACCCCGGCCGAAGAACGCUCCGUGGAUAAGGAGCAACGAAAGGUAUAUCCAGCGCAGGCGUACUUCGUCAGUGAAAGCGAGACGCUUGACCAUCUCCUGAACAAGUAUUCCAGCACAGUGCGGCUGUUCAGAGUGUUGGCGUGGAUUCAUCGCUUCGUGGACCACUGCGAAAUGCCACCGGAAGAUCGAACAUCGGGACCCCUAACGGUUGAAGAAAUCCAGGGGGCAGAACGUAAGCUGAUACGGUAUACUCAGCAUCAAGCCUACGACGCUGAAAUCACCGCGCUGCAAAAGGGAGACUCGCUGCCAGAGAAGAGCAAGCUGUGGCCGUUGACACCGUUUUUGGACGGAGGACUGCUCAGGGUGGGCGGCAGACUGGCUAGAUCGAAUUUGCCGUACGAAGCGAAGCACCCUUGGAUUCUACCACCGGAAAGUAAGCUGGCGAGACUUAUUUUUCAACAAGCGCAUGUUCAAAACCACCACUUAGGAGCGCAGGCGCUUCUAGAUCACGUCAGGCGUACCUUUUGGGUUCCUAAAGGACGAAAUCUAGCCAGAAACACAGUCUGGAACUGCGUUCCUUGCUUCAAGGCGAACCCAAAUCGAGGCAUAGUGCAGCAGGUUAUGGGCCAACUUCCCCCAGAACGACUACAGCAAUCACCACCAUUUUUCUACUGUGGCGUAGACUACGGCGGUCCAAUCAACAUCGUGGAACGACGAGGUCGAGGCGCGAGCACUAGCAAAGGCUACAUCGCUCUUUUCGUAUGCUUCGCCACGCGGGCCGUGCACAUCGAGGCGGUGAGCAAACUAACGACGAAAGCAUGCUUGGCGGCGUUUAGGCGAUUCAUUGCGCGGCGAGGCGUAGUCGGCCACGUCUACAGUGAUAACGGCACCAAUUUCCAAGGCGCGGCCAAAGAAAUGCGGGAUUGGUACCAAAAAAUACAAUCCCCGGACCACAAUCACCGUAUGGCAAACUUUCUGGCAGGGGGAGGAACGCAAUGGCACUUCAACGUCCCGGGCGUACCGCACAUGGGCGGUCUCUGGGAGGCCGGCAUAAAAAGUGCAAAAAGGCAUCUCAACAUCGUUGCGGGGAAUGCUAAGCUGACCUUUGAAGAAUUUAGCACUCUGCUGACGGAAAUCGAGGCGAUACUAAAUUCCAGACCGCUGUCCCCUCAAACAAGUGAUCCGAAUGAUCUAAGACCGUUAACUCCGGGACAUUUUCUGAUCGGCAGGCCAAUCAUCGAAGCAAACGAAGGUGCGCAAUACCCGAAUAGCGCAGACUUACCCUACGACGUGAGGUUUAAAUACGUAACUCAGCUGAAAAAUCAUUUCUGGGAAAGGUGGAGCCGGGAAUACAUCCCGGAGUUAAUGGUCAAAGGAAAAUGGCAAAGACCCCUGAACCCGCUAAAGGAAGGAGAUCUGGUACUGAUCAGGUCAAAAAAUCUGGUGGUGGCGCAAUGGAGACUCGGAAGGAUUGUCAAACUUCAUCCAUCGCCUUACGAUCGUCCGAGGUUGGCAACGAUAAAGGUACAGUCGGCGGAAAUUGUACAAACCGUGCACAAUUUAAGUAAAAUUCCCAUCAAUAGAGAGGAAAAUUAA